UUUUGUCGGCGGCGCAGGCGCGGAAGCGUCCCAGUGAGGAGCGGUGGUCUUUGCGAUUGGUUGCUCGUCACGCUGUGAGAAGGAGUAGCCGGCACGCGUUGGGCUUCAGAUCUUUGCCAUGGAGUUCCAAGCAGUGGUGAUGGCGGUUGGUGGUGGAUCUCGCAUGAUGGAUCUGACAUCAAGCAUCCCCAAAGCUCUUCUUCCUAUUUGCAAUAAACCUUUAAUAUGGUACCCACUCAACCUGCUGGAACAAGUUGGUUUUGAAGAGGUCAUUGUGGUUACAACAAAAGAUGUUCAGAAAGUGCUGAAUUUGGAGACAAAACUGAAGCUGGAUAUUGUCUGCAUUGCUGAUGAUGCAGAUAUGGGAACUGCAGACUCAUUACGGCAUAUUCAUGAAAAAAUAAAGACAGAUGUAUUGGUGCUGAGUUGCGAUCUGAUUACAGAUGUUGCUCUUCAUGAAGUAAUUGACUUAUUCCGAGCCCAUGAUGCCACACUUUCUAUGUUGAUGAAGAAAGCUUCUGAACCCACAGACCUCGUACCAGGGCAAAAAGGAAAGAAAAAGCUAGUGGAGCAGCGUGACUUCAUUGGAGUGGAUGACUCAGGAAAGAGGUUGCUCUUCAUGGCCAAUGAAGCAGAUCUAGAUGAAGAAAUUGUCAUUAAGAGAUCCAUCCUUCAGAGGCAUCCCAGAAUGCACAUCAGGACUGGACUGAUGGAUGCUCAUCUAUACUGCAUGAAGAAAUGCGUAGUAGAUUUCCUUGUGGAUAAUAGGUCCUUUACAUCCAUCAGAAGUGAACUGAUCCCAUAUUUGGUUAGGAAGCAAUUUUCUUCUCCUGCACUAGUGCAACAGGAACAAAACAACAAAGAGCAUGACCAAAAGAAAAAGGACCAGAAAACUUUAGACAUCUAUAACUACCUGAAGGACGGCAGUCUGUUUGAAUUGGGUACAGACAAAAUGUGUUGGAACAACCGUAGAGGAGACAUGAAAGAGGCAUUCCAUGAAGGGAAAGUUCGUUGCUAUGUUCAUAUCAUGGAAGGUGGGCUGUGCUAUCGAGUAAACACUCUUGGGCUGUACAUUGAAGCUAAUAGGCAAGUGUCUAAGAUGCUGCCUUCACUGUAUUCAGAAGAACCACUGGUUCACAGCACUGCAGAAAUCAUUGACAAAUGCCUGGUUGGAUCUGACAGCAUUGUAGGUAAAUCUACGCAAAUAGGAGAGAAGACUGCAAUUAAACAUUCUGUCAUUGGCACUGCAUGUGUGAUCAAAGAUAAAGUUAAAAUUACUAACUGCAUCAUCAUGGACUGUGUCAGAAUUGAAGAUGGGUGCAUGCUGCAGAAUUGUGUUGUGUGCCAUAACGCAGUGAUAGAGAAAGGAGCUGACAUCAAGGACUGUUUAAUCGGAAACAGCCAGCACUUGGAUCCCAAAUCUAAACACAUUAAUGAAGUUAUUGUGGGUACCGACCAGCUGAUGGAAAUCUGAGUUUGGCAGAAAUGAAGGAUGGUUUUCUGUUGCCCAAACCAGCAGCGCGACAAAACGUUCUGACUUGUGAGCAUGAUUCUGGUAUCACUGGUAGCCUUUCCUGCUUCAGUGUUCCAUUUAGACCCCAAUAAAGAAAUAUUUACAGUUGCAUCUA